AUGUUGUGUCAGAACCAUUCACCUUCCGAUGCCAGUAGGCCUACCAUAAAUGUUGCCACUUCUCCAGUGCCUGAAACAGCAAUAGGAAAAGGCCUCUCUGAUGAAAUCCUUACACCUGUUCAGGAACAGGUAUUGCAUGAACCAGCAAUAGAAAAAGGCCUCUCGGAUACAACCCUUACACUUGUUCAGGAACAGUUCAUCUAUCAACAUUUGGAUUCCAACUAUACACUGCCACCUAGAUUUGAAGAAGAAAUUCCCAAGAUACUGAAAAAUUUACAGUGCCCAUUACAAAUCACCAAAUCUUCCUUUGUCACAGUUGGAUCUCCUCACACAUGGCCUGUUGUCCUGGCUGCAUUAGCAUUCUUGGUGGAUUUGGUCAAUAUUACCUUCAUCAUUGACUCCUCGUUGCCUGAAGAUGAUGAUGACGAUGAAAUCGGCAGUCCGCUACAUACCUGUAUAGAGGCCUUCAACUGCAGUGAUGAAGCUGAAGAGAAUGCUUGCCUUGAGGCAUAUGUAGAAACUUUAAAGGCCAAUGAGAAUGUAAGUGAAGAGGAUAUGGUGGAUCUCAGUGAAGCUUUAGAAGCGGCAGAACACGAACUGGAGUCUCUGCCCAAGGUUAAUGAUGAACUGAAGGACCUCAAGCAAUAUAAUGUAAAGGUUUCUGAUGACUUGGCCAAACUGAAUAAUUACUUGAAAGAUCUUAAAGUUGCUAUAGAAAACAAAAGUGCAAUGGAAAGGAGCAUAAAACAGUCAAUUAUGAAACUGGAUAUUGAGGAGAGUAAGAUAUUGGAAGAGAUUGAACGUUUGAUGAACCUCAAAAACCAACAAGCAUACAGUACCUCUGAGUUGAUGCAAUUGAAGAACCACAGUCAAGUAGCUAGCAAGGAAAUUGAAUACCAAGAACAAUUAUCAAAGGACUUGGGUAAUCAGGUGUGCAAUCUGGAAAUAGAGAUAUCAAAAUUUGAAACCAUCUUGAGAAACUCUACUGACCAGCUUAAGGAAUUGGUGGAGAAACUAAGCUUGAAUGAAGAAUUCCCUGACAUUGAUGUGAAGAGUGAGGAUGUAAUCCACCACUUUGAUGACAUCAUGUGUAUCUUAACAACACUCAGAAAAGCAGCAAAGAAAGAUGCAUCUCAGACACAAGAAAAAAUGUUACAAUUAAGUCAUGAUGUUGAGAGGGCAAAAGGAACAUUACAAGAAAAAGUGGCAGAAGGUAAUAAGCUGAAAACAAAAACGCGUCAUGUUAAAGAAGAAAACAAAAUCACACAAGAAGAAAUUAAAAGAGAGAUUCAGCUGAAAGAUGAAGAACUUGAGGAAUUGCAUCAAAAGAUUAUGGAAGCCCGCAAGCCACAAAAUAAACCUGCUUAUCACCUUCACCAGGUGGAUGACAUGAUCACUGUUAAAAAGCAAGAAUUAGAGAAGUGCAAGAAGAAAGAAGAGAAGUGUUUGCAUGAUGGACUUCAGUUCCAGAAGAAUUUCUUUGAACGGGGAAUGUGUAAUGCUGAAGUUCAAAGGAAACUUAUUGUGGAACACACCACACGCAUUAAGGCUGAAUUCACAAAACUUUUGGAAUGGUGUGAUUCACUAGAUAGUGACUGAAUAAAAAAGGAAGAAAAAAAAAAAACUUGCUGAACAUAUACAUACUGUGGGUCUUCAGUGUUAAAUUUUUUAAUUCUUCCACACCUAUAUUUUUUUAUUAAACUGAUUUUACUUUUUUAAGUUUACUACUGUGUCUUCCACAUCUAUAUAUUUUUUAAACUUUUUGCUGUUUUAUUAUUAUUCUUCCACUUCUGUCUUUUACUUUGUUACAGAUUAUUAUUUUUUUAUUUAUUUUUUUCUUCCUCAUUCCUCUACUCUAUACAUUCAUCACUAAACCAUAUUUUAGAACUUUUAUAUGUAUUUACAUGUAUAGAUUGGAAAGGAAAUAAACUUAUGAAAAUAA